AUGUCGACGGCAAAUUCACCAGGUCGGCUCCUUCGAUAUACUAUAUCGAUUUAUCGCAACAAGAGCUCCUCCAGUGACGUGGCCGAGAAUUUUUCUCGAGAAUAUGUCAAGAAGAUUGCUCCUCUGCAUGCCAAGCAUGGCAUGGAAAUGUAUCAAAUAGUAUAUAGUCCGCUCGCCUACCGUACUGCCCUUGAUUCCAUCAAUCGGCGAGACGGCCGAGGAUUCAUCGUAGACGACCACGAUGUCACCGUCGAGUUCUACUUUCGCAGCUUCGCCGAGCUGAGCCGGGUGACGUCGGACCCCGAGUUCCAGGCCGCGCAGGCUGCCGAGGCGCCCUACGUCAACCUGGUGCACACCGUCGUCUCGCUCGGCUGGGUCGAAAAGUACGUUGAUGGCGGGCGCGUUGUCAAUAUCGGCGACGACGGCAAGUCGGCGUACCCUUCGUGGGCGGAGCUGGGCGACAUUUCCACGGCGUUUCCCAAGGAGGAUGUGGCUGGCGCUACGAAAUGGUCCGUCGAAGGGCCAGGAGGGACAGGAGAACUGAAGACACAGUGA